AAAAUGUCUGAUUAAUUAAAAGAAUAUAAAGUUUGUUGGAAAUAAGUAGUAGAUGCAGCAGAGAAGGAAUUAGAUUAGAUUUAUGCAUAAUUUAUAGAGAGUGAGUAUGCAUUGUAAAAGGAGAAUGAAUAGAAUGAGAAUGAAUAGGAGUAUUAUGAUAUAUAAUAUAUAUUAGAAAAGGAAUAAAAAUGAAUUAGAAUGAAAAUGAAGCAUGUAUAUAGAAUAGUAAUAGUGAUUUAGAAGAGGAUUAAUAAGAAUAGAUUGGACAACAAUCAAAUAUAGCAACAUCAACAACAAAAGAAGAUUUUGUUGUGAAUUAAGAGAUUAAAAGAGAAUUAAUAAGAGAAGUACCAUUUAAAGAUGAGAUUCUAUAUAUAUAUAGAAUAAAUUAUUAGAAUGGAGAUAUAUAUGAAGGAGAAUUAUUAAAUGAUUUAAAAGAUGGAUCAGGUACUUAUUAUUAUGAAAAUGGUGAAAAAUAUGAUGGAUUAUUUUCAGAAGAUCUUAUUCAUGGAUAUGGAAAAUAUUUCUUUAUUGGAGGUCAUAAAUAUGAAGGUGAUUGGUAUUAGGGUGAGAAAUCUGGAAUGGGUAUUUUAGAUUUUAGUACAGGAGAUAGAUAUAUAGGAGAAUUUUACAAAGAUGCAUUUGAUGGUAAUGGUACUUUAGAAUAUAAAAAUGGAGAUGUAUUUUAAGGUAAAUGGAAGAAAGGAAAAAGAAAUGGUCAUGGAGAAAUGAGAUAUAAAGAUAAAAGAAUUGUAAUUGGUGAAUGGAUAGAUGAUGAAUUAUAACCAUUUUGA